GAAAUUUCUGCUGGAUCGCGGCACCGGUAAAGAGAUGAUCUCGCUCCGAGGCUAAAAAGGUAGCCAUGGCCUGGAUGCGAAGGUUGCGGAAGAACAAAUCGCUGCAGUAUGGAGUCCCGAUGAUGAUAUUAAUAGUUGGUGGGUCAUUUGGACUCCGUGAAUUUGCACAGGUUCGAUAUGAUAUUCAAAAGAUUCGUGGCAAGAUGGAUCCAGAAUUGGAAAAAAAGCUCAAAAAGAGUAAGGUGACACUGGAAGAAGAAUAUGAGAAAAUAAAAAACGCCCCUUUUGAUGACUGGAAGAACAUCAGAGGACCCCGACCAUGGGAAGAGACUGGGUCUGAUCAAGAGAAGCAGCAGUAGCAGUAAAUUUUGCCUAAAAGCCAACCUUACUAAUUCACUGGUUGCUCCCUUGAACUGUUUUCUUCCUCCUGUAAGAUGAAUAAAAUGGGUGAAUUAACAGAAUGAACUAUUAAGAAUAUGGCUGUGUUUGGCAUGACUGAGCAGAAGCCUUAUAAAUAAAUGUUUUGAACUUUGCCGUUGCAAUUGAUAAUGCCACACUUGGCAUUAGACAAAUACAUUUGCCUAAGAACAUGAGUUUUUAUGUUCUUGAUGACUUGAAAGGCAAAAUAUUGUCAUAAAGGUAGGUUGUGGCCCAGUAAUUUAGUUUCAGACACUUAACUUUUUAUUAGAUUUGGGUUAUUAGGACAAAAAUGUGUUCCAAAAAUCCAUUUAUAUUUGAAAUUCAUCCUCACUUUUGUAUGCAACUUUACUCAAUAUAUGUAAUCAAAAUGUGGUUUCUUGGGGAAUUCACAUUAACAUAACUUUUCCUAACAUACUUUGUUCAUGAGAGUCUCUAAGGAUAAAUUAACUGAUGCUCAUUUUUUCUCGUUCUGCUGUUCAUCUAACCUAAAGAUAAGAAGCAUUUCAUGAACAAAUCCAAUUCUAACAGUUGUCCAAAGCAUGUCCUAAGAAUUCACCUCAACUUGAGGCACAUAAGCAAAAUAAUUGCUAAUCAUUACGACUUCCAGUUUUUCAAGCCAGUUUUGUGUAAUGGUUAAGGCAUGGGGCUAGAAACCAGGAGACCAUGAGUUUUAGUCCCAAUCUUAGGAAUACAGCAAACUGGAUGGUAAAGUAAGCAAAGUAUGAGAAAGGAUCAAAGAUGAAGCUGUAGCUACAUGCCUACAUCACCAGUCUUGAAUGUCUUGUGUUCAUCUCAUGAGUCUCUUAUAGGCAAAUUAUAUCUUGUUUUAAUGUUUUUCAAAUAAUGAAUUUUCCCCCUCUUUUGAGGAGUGUUUGCUCCAUUUAUAUUCCAUGUUAAGAUUUGUAAUCCAUAAUCAAGCCAAAAAUUUAGAAAAAUUAUACUUGUAGCACUUAAUUCAGUAUCAUCCCUUUCAGUUUCCUAUUUACCUGUUGGAGAUUUUGUAUAGGCAGACAGACUACUAUGAAUAUAUUAAUGAUACCAAAUCCCAAACUGCAGUACGAUUUUCUCCAGUGGCAUCCGGUGGCAUCAUAUAGAUAUUCACAUAGGUGCCUCCUUAAAUGAUGCCUCCGUCACAAACGGGCAGACACAGAUGUUAAAUAAGAGAAAGGGGAGAAGAUCAAGCCCUGAUUUUCCAGAGACCUUUGCAGUUGAUUGCCCAUCUCUUCUCAUGUUGUGUGAACCUCUCUGGGAUUGUUUUGCUUAGUCAUGAUUUAUUCAACAAACCAAAGCUGAGUCCUGUACUGUUGUAGGGCAUUGACGCAGGGCUACAGCCGGGGUGGGCUGCUGGGGUUCGCAGGGGUUCAGAAAAGCCCCUAGCUAAGAUUCUAUGCAGUUCAGAGAACUCCCAAAUCCCACUCUUGACUAGCCCCGCUCACCCUGCUCCCUCCAGGAGUCCUCAUACGACCCAUUUUGGAUGCAGGUAAGCGCAGGAUGCACGUAGAGGCU